AUGGAAUCUGAUAGUAAGAGUCAAGAUAACUUGAAAAGGUCUCCUUUUCAUGAUUUGACUAAAGAAGAAUUAAUAUCAAAAUGUAAAGGACUACUUGUUAUAGCUCAAAAAGCUAAACAAGCAAAGCAAGAAUUGCAGAAUGAAAAUGAGACUUUAAAAGGUCACUUACAAAAAUGUGAAACGGAAAAAAUCAUAUCUGUAGAAAAUAUUAAAACAUUACAAGAACUUGUUGAUUCUUUGACUGAACAAAAGCUAAAUUAUAUAACAGAACUAGAUACAGCUCAGGCCAAGAUAUUUCGC